AUGUCUGGAAUAAACGUAACGGACUUUGUAUGUCCAUCAUGCGCAAAUUGGUCGACACCUUAUCUGAAAACAUUUGUUAAUCAUUUAAAAAAUACUCAUGGUACCAAUAAAAAUAUUACUAUUACGUGUAAUUUAUGCAAUUCUGUAUUUUCGAACGCAAGAGCGUUUUCGCAACAUGUUAGUAAAUAUCAUAGAAUGGAGGAUAAAGCCGUAACAGAAGAUGAUGAACUUCAGAUAUUAGAAGAAAGCAUCGAACAACCACAACCUAUGGUAAUUAACACAAGUCUGAAUGAUGUUGAGUAUAUGGCCAUUAAAGAAGAAACAUCCGAGGAACAACUAGCAACAACAUUAACUGAAACGAACUCAUUGAUCAUGCGAAUUUUACAUUUUCUACUGACACUGCAAGCUUGUUUUUAUAUAUCUGAGGCUGCUAUUAGAUAUGUAGCAACAAAUUUAGCUGAUCUACUGGAAUGGUUGUUAGUUCACCCAGAUAUGUCUCGCCAAGCGAUAUCGUUUUUAAGAGAGAUGGAAAGUCCUGUUAAACGAUCCCAAGCUGCUGAACAACAUUUUGGUUAUGGUCGUCUAAAAAGCGAUACAACUGAGGUCUUAUUGAACAACAACGAAUAUCACACUGUUAAAUGGAGUUAUAUUCCAUUCCUGGAUAACUUGGGACAUUUCUUACAACUGCCUGAGGUUCAGGCUGAUUUAAGUGCUGAUAAUACAAGAAAUGAUGGUGUUAUGCUAGAUAUACAUGAUGGCCAAUUUGCUCGAAACCAUCCAGAAUUCAAAAACCGAAGUUUUUUAAAAAUAGAAUUGAAUUGUGGCAAGUAUCAUUCUGAUUCACGGGAAUCUUUGCUGAGACGGCGUUGGCUAUGUUUAGAUGAUUUGAAUAUCACUAAUGCUGUUUCUCACAAAAUACACAAAAUUUUUUUCGUGUAUUGGUCUUUGUUAAAUUUAAAUCGUGAUCAUCGUUCCGGCCAAGCAGCGAAACGACUAGUGGCUGCUUGUGAUUCAAAAGCUCUAAAACAUGGGCUGUUAGAUCGUGUUUUAAAUGAUUUUCUUGAUGGUAUUAAAAAAUUAUCGACUGAUGGUUUGCCUCUUGACGCUAUUCAAGUCUACCAUCUGUUUAUUAAUUUGCCUUACAUAUUAAAAAUUCUAUUACACAACUCAGCAUUUGAGGCUUUAGAAUGUUUGUUCUUGUUGGUCGAUAUUGUUAGUUUAGUUUAUGCAUCUGAAGCUGAUGACACUACCGUCGAUCAGUUGCAAGAAUGCAUCUUACAACAUAAUCGACUUUACAAGAAACUUUAUCCAAACACUCUAAAACCAAAGUUUCAUUUCAUGCUUCAUAUUCCAGUGCAGAUGCGACGUUUUGGACCUCAAAGAUACACACAAUGUUUGAGUGCUGAACGGAAACAUCAGUUUUUCAAAGGUUUUAAGCAUCGUUGUUUCAAAAAUUUGCCUUUUACUUGCGCUAAGCGACAUCAAACUUGGGAGUUUUCAAAAGAUUACAAUGCCGAUGGUACAUUGUCAACGAACAUCUUCAAGCAUAAUCUGAUGCUACACUACGUAACAACAAUUCCUGAUGAAUUGAUCCUGGAUAUUGAACAACUGCAACUGUCGUCACCACCAACAAAUAUAGCACAAAUUGCCAAAAUCGACUCAAUAAGUUAUACAGUCGGGACGAUAUUAUGUGUAUCCAGCGUGUAUUUAUUAUUUAAACCGCAAUUUGUUCAUAUAAAAAAUAUUCUAGUUAUUGAUCAUCAACCAAUUUUUAUGGUACAGUAUGUUAAAGUUAUCAAAUACGAUCCACAUGUGAAAGCAUUUGAAGUUAGAAUGAAACAGGAACUUGGAAGUGUAUCUCAACAAGAUCUAAAGUAUGCGUGGCCUCUUAAAUUGAUUGAGAUUAAUCACGUAAAAUCAUGUUUAAAAACACGUGCAGUCAGUGUCCGGAUACGGACCAUUGUAUUAGUUAUAUUAAUGACGAUAGCAGCAACAAUCAGUGUCUAUUUAUCUUCCAUAUCAGCAACAAUGUCACCAACAACGUCUAUUACCUCUCCUAUUCCUGUUAUAAAAUCAUCUCCAUCAACACCCAAAACUCUCUCCAACCCAACUCUAUCACCAUCGACGGAACAAGUCAGUCCAUUAUAUCGGUCGAGGUUAUUACAAAGUGAUCAACCUUCAUCUUCUAUUGCUUGCCCACUAUCGACAGUAGCCAGCGAUAAAACACCGUUAAGGCCACCCAAAAAUAGAAUUAACGCAAAAAUCCAGGAAUCUAAUGUUCAUGUACCCUCGACAUGUCAAUUACCAGUCUAUACGGAGACUGUGGAACAAGCUUUGUUAGAAGGAAACCUUGAACGAGUUUCCAGAAAAUUUUUCAAUCAAACAAGAGACGCCAUGCUAUCUGGAUAUCCAGCUAUAAGUGGUCAGAUUGAUUACAAAAAUGUUAGCCUUGCUAUUGUACGUCAAUAUCCAAAUAUAACAAAAAAGGAUGGUUUUAAAUUGACUGAUCUAUCAUCGCGAUUAGCUGAAUCAAUCAGUAAUUUUCGACAAGAGAUGAAACGUAAACAAGGAUUACUAACAAAACGAAAGAAAAAACAAAGAAAAACAACUGCAGCUAUUGAUGUUAAAGAAGUAAAGAAAAUCGAGAGUUACGAAACAGAUACUGACGAGGAAAAUCAGAACUCAGUUGUAAAGUGUGCUCGUGUUAAAGAAAGCCCAGUGAAUGACAAUGUGAAUCGUAUUUUAAAUGAAAUCUCAAUAAAUAGGAAAAAGAUGGAUGAAGAAGAAGACAAGAUUAUGUCAUUGCAUUAUGAUAAUGAGAUUACUGUCGUUACAACGAGAGAAUCACCAUCAUCGUCAAAAGUUUUAGCUGUAGAUACCGAUGAACAUGCUGAAUUAUUUAAAACAUAUAUGUAUGAAUCACUGAUGAGCACUGAAAAACAGUCUGAAGUCUCCGUACCAGCAACCUCGUUAUUGUUAACAACACAACAAACACAAAGAGAUGAUAAUUCAAUUCAGAAAGAUUCAAAAGCACAAUUUUAUAAAAAUAUCACAGACAAAGUUAAAAGCAUGGCUGCUCGUGCGGCCGUUUUGACGGACGACGAUACUGCUACUGUGAUAUUGCUUCCAUAUUCACGUGCGUUACAAUCUCAGCAAACACAACUGACUCCAGCAUCGUCUUUUACUCCACCUUGUUCCAUUGCACCAAAACCUAUACCUUCACAACCAUCGUUAAACAGUUGUACAACAUCAAAAGAUAACUCAUCAGCUUCGUCGUCAGAUGACUCAACCAUUGAUCAAACAUAUAGUUCACUUAAAAGUGAACUAUGCACAAGAGUAUCACAAAUUAGUAAGAAGAAGAAAGCAAACGUUGAACCAAGUGUGAUGGUGCAUAUCAAACAAUUACAAGAAACUACAUUUUUAAUGAGAAGAAAACAAAUGUCCAAACAUUUACUUUUAACAAUCAAUGACAAAGCACAACUUUAUCCGGAGUUGUUGAAUGAACAAACAAUUUUAAGCGAAUGGAAUUUAUUAUUAAAAACAAACAAAACAAAAGAAAAUAAAACGAAAAUUUCAGCAGUAAUUGAUAAACAAUUAAACCAAAAUAGUUUAAGAUGUGUUUUAGAUAAACUGAUAAACAUUCAUAAAGUGAAAAACAAUCAGACAAUGUCUUCAGUUGGUGUGUUUUGGUCGGGAGCAACAUGGGAUAAAGGAACCAUUAAUUUAUCAUCAACAGUAAAAUUUAAUAUCACGUCAGCGGCCAGUGGCCUCCAAGGGCCGUUAUUUUUAUUUUUAGUCACAUUUCCAGUUUAUGAUAUUGACUUUCCUGCCGAUAUAAAAGUAGCUGUUGAUCAAUUAAUUGAACAAUUAUCGAAAGUUGCAGCACAUCAAGGACCAAGAGGCACAACAUAUGUUAUUACAUUUAAUAAAUAUGUUAUUGAAAGAGAAAGUAGACGUGCUGCUAAAUAA